UUAAUUAACAAUGCCACCUAAAAAGAAAAAAUCUAAAAAGUCAAAAAAGUCAAAAAAGAAGGAAGAAUAUUUACCUUCUAUAUUCAAUAUUCCUUAGUAUGAGAAUCCAGAUAUUGUUACUCCAAAAGUGGACUUAAUAAUAAAAUUGGUACAUCCUGUAACCGAUCUUUUCACAUUAAAAAUUAGAGUAUUUCAAAUAUUUUUAUAAAAGGUGCAAAUAUCAACAAGAGUAGAAUAAAUCCAUGAAGAAAUUUCUAAAAUGCAUUAAGGUGCUAUUUCUGGAAUAUCAGUAUGCCGUGAUAGAUUUAGUCCUGAAGAUGUUAAAACUCCAUUUUAUUAUAGGUAUUGGAUCCAAAAAAGACUCUUGAACAAUGUGGUAUUUUUGAUGGAGAAAUUAAGUUACUGUAUGAUUACAAACCUAUUGUUGGUCCACUUUUAAAAUGAAUAUUUAGG